AUCCUUUCAUUCAUUCACAAAUGGCUUCCCCUAUUAUGUUUCUCACUCUUCUUUUCUCUGCAGCUUCCCUAAUUGCCAUCUCUUCGGCUAACUUCAACCAAGAUUUUCAAAUCACUUGGGGAGAUGGUCGAGCCAAGAUUCUCAACAAUGGUGAACUUCUAACUCUGUCCCUUGACAAGGCCUCUGGCUCUGGCUUCCAGUCUCAAAACGAAUACUUGUUUGGAAAGAUCGAUAUGCAACUCAAGCUUGUGGCUGGCAAUUCUGCUGGCACUGUCACUGCUUAUUAUUUGUCUUCUAAAGGAUCUACAUGGGAUGAGAUUGACUUUGAGUUCUUGGGGAAUUUGACUGGUGAUCCUUACACUCUUCAUACCAAUGUGUUUAGCCAAGGCAAAGGCAAUAGAGAACAACAGUUCCAUCUUUGGUUUGACCCCACUGCUGAUUUCCACACCUAUUCCAUUCUUUGGAACCCCAAUCGUAUUGUAUUUUCUGUGGACGGAACUCCGAUAAGAGAAUUCAAGAACUGGGAAUCGAACGGCGUGCCAUUUCCCAAGGACCAGCCAAUGAGAAUAUACUCGAGCUUAUGGAACGCGGACGAUUGGGCAACGAGAGGAGGGCUGGUGAAGACGGACUGGACAAAGGCUCCUUUCACUGCUUCCUACAAAAACUUCAAAGCCGAAGCCUGCGUUUUAUCCGGGGGGCAAUCUUCUUGCAGCCCCUCGGCGCCGGCGGGGUCAAGGAACUCAUGGCUGUCCGAAGAGAUGGACUCUGUAAGUCAGGAGAGACUAAAAUGGGUGCAAAAGAACUAUAUGAUUUACAACUAUUGUACGGACACCAGGAGGUUUCCUCAGGGCCUCCCUACAGAAUGCAAGUUACCAUAGUCAUAGGGACCAACAACAACACAGGGCUACACUACUCUUUCUAUUAUUUUGCCUUUUUGGGUUUCCUCUACAUUUUAUUUUAUUGAUUUUUUUUUUCCUUUGGUUAUGACUUUAUGUAAUGUAAUGUGUGUUUGGUAUGUAUUUAUUUAUAUAUAUAACUAAGUUUCUCUUAGUUAGUUUAAUGAAGGUGGUGUUAUCAAAAA